UGUAUUAAUAAAUCCCCCAACCUUUGAUACCUUGCACUUGUCAGGAAAGCGAUGCUUUUACAAAACCCAUAAAAGGAAAACAUUAUUCCCCACCACCCACCCUCCUCUCCCUUUGUAUUGUGCCCAAAACAGGACCCUUUCGGAAGAUCACCUACACUCCAGACUUAGCCAACAGCUCUCAACUUUUUUCGGGGGGGGGGGGCACGUCGGGCACUGUCUGUGGAUGCCAUUUCUUGAAACUCCUGUUGGAUCAAGAAGAACAGAAGAAAGUAGGACAGGAAGGGAUGAAGGAAGCCGUGUCUCCUGGGGUCAGCUUUAGGGAAUAGUUCCUGUCGCUAUCAGUUUAUAAAACCCAACAGGAUCUUGGAGAAUCCUGCAGGUGGGGGCAGAAAGAGAGAGAGCUUUCUUUUCCAGGGCAGGAAUAUUGAGGAAAAUGCCCCCUAUUUUACCCAGUGGGGUGGCACGCGGGCUUCCUGGUUGCUCGCCUCUGCUGGUCCCUCUUCCCUUCCCCUCCCCGUUAAACCCGCCGGGACUAUAAUGCUGGAGGACCUGCCUCGUCUUUCUUUGGGUGCAAAAGAGCAGGGGGCUGUCAGGAUCAGGCUGGUUUGGGGGCAACCACUUGGAAUAAAACAUCAAAAUAACAGGAGAAGGGAGAGGAGCUAUUGGGUGCAUUUCUUGGCGUUAAGUCGGUGCAGCGCGCAAGGACUGACUUUUGCAAGGAAAGGAAGAGAGGGAAAGGGAAGGCGAGAAAGAGGAAGAAAGGGGAGAAGGAAAAAAGAAAGAGGAAAGAAAGCAGGUUUGCUUCUGGCUGCUGCUGCUGCUGCUGCUGCCGCGCGCUGGAGAUGCCCAGGCAGGGGGCCGCGCACUUUCGCCCGGACGUCCUAGGUGUCGCUAUUGUCCACCUUUGUGCCGCAGCUCGGAGUGUCCCGGGGACCACGUGACCGGCGGGGAGGUAGCAGCUCAAGGCCAUUUUCAAAUCUCAUUGGCUUAGCCGUCAUGUGGUUGUGCAGAGGCAUCCACAAUUACACAGGGAAUGUUUUCGUAGAGAUGUCAGCCUACAAAGGAGACCAUCUCUCUUCUUCAAAUUCCACCCCAAAAUGUCCUUUCCCAACAGCUCUCCUGCCGCCAAUACUUUUUUAGUCGAUUCUCUGAUCAGCGCCUGCAGGAGUGACAGUUUUUAUUCCAACAGUGCCAGCAUGUACAUGCCUCCUAGCACAGACAUUGGGACUUACGGGAUGCAAACCUGUGGACUCCUACCGUCUCUGGCCAAAAGAGAAGUUAACCAUCAAAAUAUGGGUAUGAAUGUACAUCCGUAUAUACCUCAAGUAGACAAUUGGACAGACCCGAACAGGUCGUGCCGGCUAGAGCAACCUGUUACGCAGCAGGUCCCCACUUGCUCCUUCACCACCAAUAUUAAGGAGGAAACGAAUUGCUGUAUGUAUUCCGAUAAGCGCUCCAAGCUGGUGUCUUCGUCCGAGGUCCCUUCCUACCAGAGGCUGGUCUCGGACUCCUGCCCCAUCGAAAACCCCGAAGUCCCGGUCCCAGGAUAUUUCAGGCUGAGCCAGACCUACGCCUCGGGGAAAGCCCAAGAGUACAGUAACAGCCCCGAAUCGAGUUCAACUGUCAUGUUGCAGUUAAACCCUCGCGGCUCUUCCAAACCGCAGCUCGCCUCGCAACUUCCCAUGGAGAAGAAGAUGAAUGAAACCCCCAACGGCGGCAGCGGCGGCGGCGGCGGCAACAGCCACCACCCGGACAACUCCACCAAAGUCGCCCAAGUCGAGAGUCCCGAGGCCAAGUCCGCCCUUCAAGACGACAGGAGCUGCCUGGCCGAAGCCUCGGUGUCCAGCCCAGAAACCCAAGAGAAAGAAAGCAAAGAGGAAAUCAAGUCUGACACUCCAACCAGCAAUUGGUUAACAGCAAAGAGUGGCAGGAAGAAGAGAUGCCCCUACACUAAGCACCAAACACUGGAAUUAGAGAAAGAGUUCUUGUUCAAUAUGUAUCUCACUCGAGAGCGCCGCCUAGAGAUCAGUAAGAGCGUUAACCUCACUGACAGGCAGGUCAAGAUAUGGUUUCAGAACCGCAGAAUGAAACUCAAGAAGAUGAGCAGGGAGAACCGAAUCCGAGAACUGACCGCUAAUCUGACCUUUUCUUAAACUGCUCACCUGGGGCUGGCCUGGAGUCGAGGCCCAAGACGAGUCACCACCAGUUGUGAUCCCUGUAGGGAAGACUGGGGCGGGGGGGGGGGGGCACCAACCAACCAACCAACAAAAACUACACCCCUUGAUACAAUUCCAUUUUUUAUUUCUGAUAGAAUGUGAUUUUUUUUGUCAUUCUCUUUAGUGCUUACAAGUGUCUAUGUAUGUUCCUACGACGAGUAUAUAUGUAUAUAUCUAUAAUUAAAAAAGAAAGUCUAGCACGUGUAAUUUAUUAUUAUUAUUAUUUUUCUCAUAGUAAUGCAGGGUAAACUCUGAUUGAACUCGGUCAUUCGGUCUUAACUUAUUGGAGCUGUCGAACAUCCGGAAAAUGUGAUUUUUUAUUUCCCCCCAUGUCGUCGUCUUCUUUUUUUUUUAAAAAAAAAAUAACCACGUGGUAUUUAUGUGGGGGAGGUUAGGACACGGGCCAUGACAUUUUGACUAUAUAAAAUAUUUUGGAAUUAUUAUUUUUCUUAAGGGAAAAAAAGUGGGGAAUUCCUCCUGGGGGAGGGGCAGAAAUAAAGCAAGAAAGCACAUUUUAUGAUGUAACUCUGCUCUUUUUCCCCGCGUGCGUCCGAUUUGUCCUUCGUGAGAUGGAAUCUUCCAUUCUUCCUCCAGUGUGUUCUCUCUCUCUCUCUCGCUCUUUCUCUCUCUCUCAUCCCCCCUCCUUUCCCCUUGUGGUGCAUACGUGGAAAUCUUAGUCGUAUAACAAGCAAUAUGUCUUCUUCGUUGUGCAUGUCCUGUUCGCAUGUAUAAUGCAAUAAACUCUGUAAAGUCA